AUGUCAUCUUCCUCCUCUUCAAGAAUUCUAACCCUAAAGACCUCAGACGGCGAGACCUUCCAUGUCGACGAGGGAGCAGCGACUAAGCUCGGGUUCUUCAAGAACAUGGUGGAGGACGGCUGCGCCGACAGCGCAAUAACCGUCCCUCUGGUGGACAACAGAACCAUGGCCACGAUGCUGGAGUGGUGCAAGAAGCACGCUGACGGGACGGCGACGAGCGACGAGCUCAAGGCUUGGGACGCCGAGCUCGUGAAGGACAUGGACCAAGCCGUUCUCUACCGUCUCUUGAUGGCGGCAGAUUAUCUCAACGGGACUGAGUUGGUGGAGCUCUUGACUCAGAAGGUGGCUGACAUGAUCAAGGGAAAUAAGGCCGAGCAGAUUCGUGAAAUCUUUCGAAUUAAGAAUGAUUUUUCGCCUGAGCAAGAGGAAGAGAUCCGCAGGAAGAAUGCUUGGGCCUUUUAUUAG